AUGCAUGGUGCCUACAGUGAAACAUGGUGGUGGCAGUGAGCUGCAUUUUAUUGAUGGUUUCAUGAAUUCACAGGUGUACUGCUCUAUAUUGAAAGAGAAAUUGUUACCAUCACUCCAUGCCCUUAGCCUUCAUGCACUUUCCCAACAUAACAAUGAUCCAAAACACACAUCAAAGGCCACUGUUGCAUUCCUGAAGAAGAACAGGGUGAAAGUGAUUCAGUGGCCAAAUAUGUCUCCUUAUAUGAACCCAAUCGAACACCUAUAGAGAAUUCUGAAGAGACAAGCUGAGCAUCAUUCUCCAUUCAACAUCCAGGCUCUAAAAGAGGUCGUUCUUGAAGAAUGGAAAAAGAUCAUUGUUGCAAUAUGUCGCCAACGUGUUCAUUCCAUGCCUAGAAGACUUGAUGCUGUCCUUACAAAUCAUGGAGGUCAUACAAAAUACUAG